AACCUGGGCUCUGAAGCCAGGGGCCUGGGUUUGAAGGCCAGCUCUGCCAUUUCCUAGCUGUGCAACCCUGGGCAGGUUACUUAACCCUUCUGAGCCUCAGUUUGCUCAGCAGUAAUGACAGUAUCCAAUUCAUCAGAGAGCAUUGAAUGAGAGCAUGUGAGUAAAAUGCUUAACAUGCUAACUGGUAUAAUGGAAAGUGCUUAACAGGUCCUAGUUGAUAUAUUGGUGUUGUACACUCGGUGCUGGCUGUAUGCCUCUGGUUCACUCAGGCGCUUUCCCAUCCGUUCAUUUAUCAGUUUACCAAGCACCUCCUCUCUGCCAGGCAUUGUGAUGAGGGUAGGAAACGCAGAGAUGAGAAGUGAAGGUGCGUGCCCUCCAUGAGCUUACAAGAUAAUGGGGGAGGGCUGUAUAAACACAGCAUGUUGGGGUCCCAGAGCGGGUGGUAUCUGGGAAGUUUUCUUCAAUGUCCUGUGUGAGAAGAGUCUUGAAGGAAAAGUGCCUGUGUUCCAGGUGGACGCGGGGGAGAAACACCUUCCUGGCUGGAAGGGAGUAUGUGCACAGGGGUGUGGGAGUGGAAGAGCAGGCCCCUGGGCCGCCUGUGCUCAGCAUGGGGGCGCUUAUGGUUUCUGGGGGAACCAGGCGACAGGAAGCUGUGGAGGCUGGGAGACUCCGGCGCCAUUUCAAAAAUGGGGGCAGCUUGGAGGCUGUAGGGGGACUCGCAUCUGGGGAUGGGUUAGGAGGCAGUCUCUACGUGAGAAAUGAUGAGGAAAGUUACUUAAUCAACAGUGGCUGUGGGCUGUGGAUAAACGAGGUGACCAUCUGCCCUGGCAUCUCUGUCCUCUGUCCCCAACUGCCCUUUGGUGUUCAACCUAGAGUGAAAAGGAUAGGCAGGGCCCGUCCCAGGCCAAAAUGUUAAGUGACUGUGAGAGCCUUACCCUCACCCCUCAGAUCGCCCCCCUGAGCAGCGAUGGGCUCUGUCUACUCAGAACACAUAAAGAAAAGCUUCCCAUGUUCAUGGAGAGGAAAUUCCCCAAGUAUGUGCAGAGAAUUCUGGAAACAGAAUCCCCAGGUAGGAAGAAGGAGGUAGGUCGGUGGCCCCAAGUGUGUCCCCUGCCUCUCCGUUUGCCUGUGGGUUAUCCUCUCACGGGCUACCUGUCCCCACCACGCUGCUCUUGUGACCCGUGCUUGGACAAAACUCCUCUCUUUGGUUCUUCUAACCCAACCGAGAUAGGCUGGUCCCAAAAGGACUCACCUGGGUCCUAAAGGAGAAGAAAGGGGCAAGAAUCCAAAACCACACACAUCAGGUUUCCAUCUCUAGCUGUCAAAUCCAUCCCUGUCACCUCAGUCCACUUCCCGUGGGCCAGGUCCAUCGCUCAGGCACUCUUCCUGGCCCCCACCGCCUCUCCCCUCCCCCGGCUCCUGGCCCGUAACCACACAAGGGCCUCUCUCUCUUUUUUCCAAAAUGUGGGAGCUGUCCAUUGUGCGACCAGCUCUCAAACGUAGAGCAAAGGUCUGUGCUCCCCUCUGCCACAGGGGGGCCCUCCCUCUGGCCUUGGCCUCCCCUUGUUGGGCUGUGAGGCAGACCAGGGUUGCCAAGCCCUCCAGGAACCCUGCUCCUUGGCUGUACAAUCGCCACAACCGGGCAACACGACUCGUCCCUGUACCAGAGGGUCUUUCUCUCACAUAAGCUUCUUUGGUGCUACUAGGUGGCUGAGGGUCGAGCGGAGGGUACAUUUUGUACAGCGAGUCACCAAGAUUCAAUGAUUGCUUUAGGGUGAGAAUGACUUGGGUCGGUAGCACGCAGCCUUCUAGAAAUCGCUCCCUGUGGCUUCCUUCUCCAAAGCAGAGAUAAAAAAGCAGUGGCAGUAGAAACAUUCAUGACAGGCCACAUUGGAGGCUUGGGAAGCUUCUCGAGUUCCCACAGUGCAGGGAUGCGGGCACUGGGACAUUGCAAAGUGCCAGAGACACGGAAAUGCAGUUGGAGAGGGCUGCCCCUUCAUGUCUGGGGAGUUCUUUCGGAGAAAUGGCAAGUCUAGUGAGGGUGAGCAAGGCUUCAGAUAAGCUUGGACCGACCUGGGAGGAGGCGGGGGAAUCAACGGGUGACGUAGAAGCAGAAAACUGAAGAAGACCCUGGCAGGCCCCGUGCUGAGGCAUCUUGCCCGCGCCCCUGUGAAAAGCAUUUGCUAGUAAACACCAGAACAACACUGUUGUUAUCGUUGCAUUUUAUUUUUGGCUGUACAUAGACUGGUGCUUAGGGUAAAUGCUAUAAACUCUUCAAUCCGCUGUGUGGGCUUAGGUCCAACUGUCCCUUUUGCUGUCUCUCUAAAUAAUCACUUUGGGGGGGCACCGAGACACUUAAACUAGGUGGACCCCAAAUAACAAUUGCAUUCAACUGUCUGGUUCCCAGGAGUUAAGACUAGGGGAGCAACUUCAGGGAAAGAAUCUGAUUCCCAGGAAGACACCCGUUCCUGCAGCGUGGGAGUGGGGUGCGGGGCACGAGGGUAGGAGGUUAUGCCGUGUGAUCAUGUGCGCAGCAUGGUGCCCUUUCCCUCCUUUCUGCAUGGCUGGUCAUCCUGUCAUCCUGUUGUUCCUCAAAUAGAUUUGACCCAGGCUGGUUGCUAGUGUGAGGGCUGGUGGAUGUGUGGGUAGAGAAGGGGAGAUGGAGGCUCAGCAGCUGUGAUGCUUAUGGGAGGAGUUGAAGUUUUGUUCUUCUGAGCAGGGAAUCUUAGCUUGUCCCUUUGGCACAAGAUCUUUGAUACCAAGGCCGGGUUCCAGCUGUGCCCAGCAGAGUCGACUCACACGGUCAAAUCUCAGUGCUUGCUGUUCUGCGUUGUCUUUGCCCAUUCAGGCUGAUAUAACCAAAUGCCAAAGACUUAUAAGCAACAGAAAUUUAUUUCUUACAGUUCUGGAGGCUGGGAAGUCCAAGAUCAAGGCAUCAGCAGAAUCCAUGUUUGAUAAGGACCCACUUCUUGGUUCAUAGAUGGUGGAAGGGGCAAGGGAGCUCUGUGGGGUCCCGUAAGAACACUAAUCCCAUUCAUGAAAGCUCUACUCUCAUGACCUAAUGACCUGCCAAAGGCCCCACUUCCAAACACCAUCACCUUGAGGACCAGAUCUCAAUGUAUGAAUUCUGGGAGGACACAAACAUUCAGUCUAUAGCAUGCACUAAGAAAGAAUAAAUUCUGGCUGAGGUUAGAGGCUGCCGCUAAAGUCUAUUACUUGUUCCUCUGCAUUCCCUGCUUGCCUCUUUAUCACAAGAUCUCUCUGCUAAGCUAGCAGAAAGCCAGAAUACUGCAUAGUCAGGGCUCCCAGCUCCUCUCCCACCCAGUGCUACACUCUCAUCUGGCCCAUGUGUCUCCAUGCCGCUCACACCCCCUCCUCUGUUCUUUCCUUCUUCUUGCUGAGUGUUCUUGGCUCUGUGCUUCCUCUAAGCCCAUCUCACUUCCUGAAACACCCUUGAAGAGGCCUGCUUAUCUCGAUGGAGCUUGAGUAGCCCUCUGGGGGCAGGGGAAGGCAGAGGCCUUGAGCGUGUCUGUCUGGGGAACUAAGAGCAGCAGCACUUUCAGAUUCAGUCCACAUAGAGCUGUCCGCCAGGCUUCCAGGAACCCAGGGAUGCGUGGCCUACAAAGGGGCUGGAAGUGAUUGCCCUCUGAUGGGCUCUUUCUAAGGAGAGGGAGUCCUGCAAGAGAGCGCCCCACCAGAGAAGAGAAGGAAUGGUCAAGUUGUGAGUUUUAGAUGGUUGCUGCUGUACUUGGACCUCGGGCAAGAUGUCUGGCAAGAGCUAGGCUCACCAGCCCACACAGAUCCUGAUGGCAUGCUUGUCCCCUGGGAAGCUCCUCUGGGAAAGCAAGAUGCCUGUCAAUGGCACUGCCCUGUCGUGGGCCACCGCUACCUACAUCACUGUGGAGAUUCUCAUUGGGCUCUGCGCCAUAGUGGGCAACGUAUUGGUCAUCUGGGUGGUCAAGCUGAACCCCAGCCUGCAGACCACCACCUUCUAUUUCAUCAUCUCCCUAGCCCUGGCAGACAUUGCUGUUGGCGUGCUGGUCAUGCCUUUGGCCAUUGUCAUUAGCCUGAGCAUCACAAUCCACUUUUAUAGCUGCCUUCUCAUGACCUGCCUGAUGCUUGUCUUCACCCAUGCCUCCAUCAUGUCUUUGCUGGCCAUUGCUGUGGACCGAUACCUGCGGGUCAAGCUCACGAUCAGAUCUAGGAUUCCUGAGAUCCCUGGGUACAUCGUGUCAUUCCAGUUAAAGGUUCACUUCCUUCUGGUCAUGAGGCUCUUCAUUCUGCUCUCCUUGAUGGUCUUUUCAGAUGCCAUGGUCAUGGACGAAAAGGUCAAGGAAAGCUUUGUGCUGGACACGGCUUCUGCUGUCUGCAGCUAUGAUGCCUACUAUAAGGACCACCCCAAGUACUGGUGCCGAGGCUAUUUCCGGGACUACUGCAGCAUCAUCGUCUUCACACCCAACAGUACUGACCGCGUGGCCCUGAGGGACACAGGAAGCCAGCUCAUUGUCACUGUGUCCUGCCUGACCGAGGAGGAUGCAGGCUGGUACUGGUGUGGCAUCCAGCGGGUCUUUGCCAGGGAUGACAUGGAUUUUACCGAGUUGGUGGUGACUGACAACAGAAGAUCAGCCCUGGCCAAUGACUUUUGGUCCAGGAAAGACCCAUCUGGCAACAGGAACAGAAGCUGCAGGGCUUCCAAAGUUGUCCACAAGGCAGAUCACUCCAUGAUGUCCAUUCUCAUCAUCUGCAUGUUGAUCUCGGGUUUGGGGAUUAUCUCUAUAAUCAGUCAUUUGUCAAAAAGGAGGAGAAGUCAAAGGAAUAGAAGGGUAGACCACUCUUUGAAGCCCCUCUCACGUGUCCUGCCUCCAAAGGAAAUGGCUCGUACUGAACAGAUGACUGAAGAUUUCUUUCAUUUGGUUCAUAAAGUGAUGCUACAACAGAAUCACCAUGACAACCGACCCACAUCUAGAGGACUGAUUCUGACCUCUCAGUGUUGUGAAGGACCCUCUCAACUUGGCAGCAAUCAUUUGCCACUUGGUAAGAAGGGUGGGAGCUGGAGGAGCUGUUCUAGGCCUUGCCUGAGCAAGGCUGCCGUCAGACAACAUCUCAAGAUCUUAGUUCUCAUGCCUUUGGCUAGCCAGAAGUGAACAAGAUGAGCAGAAUCUUGGUCAUGGGGCCAGGAGAUCACUUGUAUUUUAUUUGUUAACCAAUAAAUUCCUGACUAGUGUUGAAUGCACUCCGAGGUAUGACUAACUUCUCCCAGUAUAUCACUGAAAAAGUAUUUCUGGAAAAGUUUCUUUUAAAGUAUGAUAUUUUAAUUUAUUUCUGAAUUGAUAUUACAUGCUGUGCUACCCAAAGAAAGGGAGAUAGGCUCACUCAGUGGUUCUCAGAUUCUUUGGGUGAAAAGACUGCCCUGUAUGGGAAACUGCCACCAGACUGAAUAGAUGCCGCUCCUGAUCAAUGAGAAACCGAGGUGUGAUAAGUUAAGUGAAAUUGUCAUUCAAAUCAGGAAACACAAACCAAGGCUGAGCGUCAGCAGCUUGUGUGCAAGGUUAUACUGUCAUUAAUGCCAGAAUUACCAAAACUCUUAGCUCCCACCUGUAUGUCUGUACCCUCUCUCCCCCUAUUUGUGUCUCUCCUGCUAUUUCAGGGAGUUCCCAGGGUCUCCCCAUCACUGCCUCUGCUGCUCUCAUAAAAACCCUGCUCUUCUGGUUUCUUCUAAUAGGGUGCGGGCCAGUCUCAGUGCUCAGGAUACUCAGGUGGCCCUCUGGUCUGAGUACGGCUGGGACAGGGAGAUUGGUUCUUGACACGAUUCUGCACAUGCCCCGCACAUUUAGGUUCAGGCUCUCACAAAGUCUUCCAAGAACACAGUUCCUUUAGCUUCCACUCCAACCCCUCUCUCCAUAGGUGGAGAGCUCCAAGCUGCUCAACAGCCUGAUGGGAAGGGGUGGGGUGUGGACACCAUCCUGUUCCUGCCAUCCUCCGUGUUUCCAUCCAGCUGAACCCCUCCCUCCCAGAGUCCCAGAUCAAACAUCAAAAGUGCUCUUUCCCCUCAGCUGCAAACAGCUCCAAUCCCUCCCCUGUGGUCAGGUACUGAACUUACAUGAAGGAGCCACUAGCCCAACGGUUCUGCAAAUAGCAAUCCAGUCUGGGCUCAGUUAGGACGUCCUACCACGCAAGGCAAGAUGGCAGACAUCCAUCUGCCACAACAGAGGAAGACACCUAUAGAUGGCUUGGAAGAUUUAACACUUAUCUGCCUGGAAAACUAUUUCCUCCGAGAAGCCUCCCGGUUUGCUCUGAUUCCAUGAUCCAGGAUUCAAGAGCCUUUUUUCUUCCCUUACCUAACAAAACUCUUUUGAAUCUAUGGUCAAUUAUUUAAUUAUUCAUUUCACCCUCAUACUCGUUGCACAGCCGUUUACAUGAUAGGGACACAAAAACCAGGACUUCGUAAACAUAGGGCUAUGCCAUUUAAUAUGGGAAGCUUCAAGAAAACAGAGGGAAGAGCAAUGAAUCUGAUAUUUUGCUUACAAGGGGAUGGCCAUGGGACAAAGCUCACUCCUCCUCUUGCAGCUGUUUAUAAGGCGCUGGCUCUGACCUGGAAAGCUGAUGUGGCUUAGAAGCUACAGGGUUGGUAGAACUGUGUGACGUCAGCGCAGGGUUUGCCAACAGCUGAAAGCGGGAGCAGCCUCAGGCAGGUGCUGCCCUGGGGCAGCCAGUGCGCGUGCGCGAGGAGCGUUGCUGGGGCUCUGCCGCCCUCGUGCGGCCGGCCGCUCUGCUGUGCUGCGGCCGCUUCACCAGCCUGUUUCCCUAAACCGGCUUUCUCCUAGACCUGUUGGCUCCCACAGAGGGCUCACUCCUUUAUCAAACCUCUCUCCCACUGCUUCCACGGUCUUCUCCUCAAAACCCAGCUGUCAGGAGCAGCUGCUCUAUCUCAGAAGGAAUGUGCUCUCUCCAGCAGGUCGCCUGACUUUACCUCUCGAGUUUCUCAGCCACCAUAUGUGCUCUGGGGCAGCUUGGCAUGGAGGCAGAUGCGAGGAAUGUGAAAUCAGAGUACUUGAUUUAAGUUUUGUUCUGCCACUUACCGUGUGGGAGACAUCGGGUCAAUUAUUUCACCUCUUUGGACUUUAAUUUCCUUACCUUGAUUUUUAAAAAUAUUAUUUAAUAUAUUUUUAAAACAGAUGUAUGGAGGAUGCUUCCCUCCCAUGCCUGCUUCCUUCCGUGUGGACUGAGUUCCCUCAGGGUAACACUCCUCAGUGACGCCCCUUCGGAGGUGGAGUGACCUGUCUGGUGUUUGCGUCUGGAGGAGGAAUCGGGGGUACCCACUCUGCCCUUCCUCUUUGUUUUCUUAAUUUUUGGGGUGCAGCUUUCAAAGACCACACGAUCUCUUCUGCAACUCCUGGGCAGCCGAGCCACUGGUUCGGUUGUGGGGAGUAGGGACUGGUCUUGGUGCAGCUCUGUCAAUACGGAGUUCGGCGCUCUGAGGCCGACUUCUCUGCAGCCACCGUAUCGACUCUCCAUUCUCCAGCGUUGACCGCGUCUGUAAUAAAGACUGUACUCUGUUCUCUGU